AUGGAGGACAGUUUCAGUCACUCAGUAGCAUGCUUUACUUAUGAAAGUGGAAGUCUGGAAUUUGAGGAUUUUCCCAGAAUUGAUGAAACAGUGUGGAUUCUUGGAAAAGCAUAUCAUUUAAUCAGAGAUCGGAGUGAGUUACUUGCUGACAUCAAAUCUCGCAUUUGGAUAACAUAUAGAAAAAACUUCAGUGCAAUAGGAGGAACAGGGCCUACAAGUGACAAUGGAUGGGGAUGUAUGUUACGAUGUGGUCAGAUGAUAUUAGCUCAGGCUUUACUUUGUAAACAUUUAGGUAGAGAAUGGAGAUGGGAGUCAAGGGAACAUCAAAAUGAGACAUAUUGUAAAAUACUCAAAUUAUUCUUGGAUAGGAAGGAUAGCUGUUAUUCAAUUCACCAGAUAGCUCAAAUGGGAGUAGGUGAGGGGAAAUCAAUAGGACAGUGGUUUGGUCCAAAUACAGUUGCACAAGUAUUGAGGAAACUAACUUUAUUUGAUGAUUGGAGUUCUAUUGCUGUACAUAUUUCAAUGGAUAACACUAUUGUUGUGGAAGAUAUUAGAAAACUAUGUAGAACUCCAUUAUUCACCGAGUGUGCUUCACCCAAAGCAGCAUCUGCAUCUCUAGAAAACGGUGGCACUACAUAUUGGAAACCUUUAGUAUUAUUUAUUCCGUUGCGACUAGGACUUACAGAAAUAAAUCCCCUUUAUUUAGAUGUAUUAAAAAAAUGUUUUACACUUAAACAGUCACUUGGGAUGAUCGGUGGCAAGCCAAAUCAUGCUCAUUAUUUUAUUGGGUUUUACGGCAAGACACUAGUAUAUUUAGAUCCCCAUACAACCCAGCCAGUAGUAGACAUCAACAAAUGGGCUAGUAUACCAGAUGAUACUUACCACUGUAAACAUCCUAGUAGAAUGAAUAUAAUGCAUUUAGAUCCAUCAAUAGCAUUGGGAUUCUUCUGUCACUGUGAGUCAGACUUUGAUGAUUUGUGUACCAGUAUCAAACAAGUAAAUGAUAUAGAGCUGAGUUAUAACACAAUGGAGGAUAUUGAGUAUGAUACCGAUGAAGAGUUUGAGUUGUUGUGA